GAUUUUCCCUUUUUCUCUCAACAGCGCAUUCCCACCAGCCCUCUGAGAACACAUAUGCUCUGAUUCUGGAUCAAUCCUCAGCCAUGGGUGGAUGCUGGAUAUUGCUGAGCUUCCCUGUGUGGCUGGUGUGCAAGUAAGUGGCUGUUCUCCUUCUGCUGGUUGUUAUUGCCAAGAGAACCACAGCCCAUGGGGGCUCCCACCUGCCCAUCCUUGCUCCACAUGGGGAACUUGCUGGAGGAUCUCUGCCCACAUUUAUCAGACAUACUUUAUAGCACACUGCAAAAAACUGUCCCUUUCACAAACUCAAGUUUAGACUAUUUUUUCUUCUCUUGGAAGAAAACUAUUUUGUAUUUUGAGCAGAUUCUGCUUCAAGAAAUGACAGAAACAGAAGCGCAUAAGCAUGAAGCCAAGGGCCAGGGGCAAAGACCCGCAGAAGGAGCCUCCUCUCCAUAAUCCCUUAGAAUCUGCCUGGCAGCUCUUGUUCAUCCAGAAGACGUGCCGAUACCUCUGGACAGAAACCAUCCCAUGCAUCACAGCCUGGCAGCAUCCCUCCAGGAGAUCUGGCGCUGGUUCCCACCAGACUGUCAUCCCCAGGUCAGUCUCCGCAUUUCUGCUGACCACGUUGCCUUCGUCGUGAGAUCAUGUCUUUCCAGAGAAAUCCCACUAAUGCCUUCAUUCUGCGAGACCGGUAUAUAUAGGGGCAGCCUUCCCCGGGCUGCACUGUGCAGGCCAGCAAAGGCAUCGCUGUCCUCCGAGCGGUUGCACGGCUCCCACGCUCUCCUUUUAGAACAAGACAUAGCAGCAGCAAAUAUGGACAUUACCAUCCAGCACCCCUGGUUCAAACGCGCCCUGGGACCCCUGAUUCCAAGCCGUUUGUUCGACCAGUUUUUUGGAGAGGGUCUCCUGGAGUACGAUCUCCUGCCUUUGUUCUCCUCCACUAUCAGCCCCUACUACCGGCAGUCCCUCUUCCGCAGCGUGCUGGAGUCGGGCAUUUCAGAGGUGAGGUCUGACCGGGACAAGUUUACAAUCAUGCUGGAUGUAAAACACUUCUCUCCUGAAGAUCUGAGCGUGAAGAUUAUUGAUGACUUUGUGGAAAUCCACGGCAAGCACAGUGAAAGACAGGAUGACCACGGCUACAUCUCCCGCGAGUUCCACCGCCGGUACCGCCUGCCCGCCAAUGUGGACCAGUCUGCCAUCACUUGUUCCCUAUCCAGCGACGGCAUGCUGACCUUCUCGGGCCCAAAGGUCCCCUCCAAUAUGGACCCCAGCCACAGUGAGAGGCCCAUCCCUGUGUCCCGGGAGGAAAAGCCCACCUCUGCACCUUCCUCCUAAACCCUCUGCGGUAUGCAGGCUGCCAUCGGCUGCAGGUCUCACUCCUAGAGCCAUUGCGUAGAUAUCAGUGAAUACUUAGAGGGGUUUGUUCUGUUGGUUUUUUUU